AUGCCCGCGCCAGCCCGCGCCACCCCACGGCGGGUGACGACACGCCUAGAUGCCCGGCGGCGCCAGCAAGGCCGAAACACAUCACUGCCGGAUUCGAACGUGCCAAGAGACGCGAAGGUUCUCAAGCUGCUUGGCCUGAGACGACUUCAAGCAACCCCCACACGCCCCAGCAACCUGCAGUGCUUGCCUGAUGGCUUGCCUGACGCCCACCGAUGGCAGAUUACGCUUAGCGUGAGCUGUGGCUCUUGGUCGAUGCCACGCUUCGGCUCCGAGUGCCCGAGCCCGGGACCUGGCUCUUCUCUGGCUUUGAUCCCCCCUGUACGGAGUAGGAGAUGUGCGAAGUACUUUGCUCAUGUAGAGCAUCCACUCGACGUCGCAAAUGGGCGGUGGUCGGGCCCACUCCCUCCAUGGAUGUGCAAGUACACCCCAGGUGAGGCUUUUGGACAAGCUCUGCCACCCGAACUUCGCGCGCAAACCAAGCCUGGCGUCCCGCCUGACCUGCUGCGAAUGUUUUGCGCCAAUACCGAGCGUCGAAUUGUUCUCUUCUCUCUGCCCAAGUGA